AUGACGACCACAGGCGAGGGGCCCAUGCAAAACGCGAAUCCCUUGGAACCAGGCAGCGUUGACGACGCCAGGCCACUGCCAGCUAACCAAUCCAUACCUGCAAGGAUUCGCGAGCGCCUCAAUCUGCAGAAAACACCAAAGACUCCUGAUAACCCCCAGGAUCCAGGUGCACCCACUCAGGGAGAGGCAAACCAAACCAAUCCCAGCGCCAUCAACAAGACACAGGAGUCCGGGAAUGCUGUGACCAGUAUUCUUAGGCCGUUCUCGGAACUUCAUGUCUCCUACCCGGCAGGCAACCAUUAUAUGCCGUGCGUUGACAUCAUUGCAAUCCACGGCAUUGGCGAAGCACUGGAAACGGCCUGGGUUCAUCGUAAGAAGCUCAAGCGACACCAGAACGACCCCCGGCGCUCGGUGAACACGACAUCAAUUCUCAAGACAAGCCUUGAUGAAGCCCGCAAACUGGGUAGUGAUGGUAGUCCUGCGCCUGGUCAACGGCGAGGGAGAUAUGAAAUGGUCCAGUCAACCGUCUUAUCAUGGCUCCCAACGGUUCCGGAGACAGACAUCGGAGGUACUGAUGAUGCUGAAGCUGAGACCAGGUUGGAAAGUCAACAGAUAUCCAAACGUCCGAUCUCGCCGCGAGACCAAGAUGAGCAACCACAAGAUGCGCCGGUUAGCAAGCCAGAUGCUUCGAACCAAGGGCCGGUAAACGUCACUGAUGUUGGAGUCCCAAACAAACCGUCGACAGAUAGGCCAUCUUCCGAUCGUGGGACAGAAAGACGUGUCAACUGGCUGACCGACCCCCACAUGCUGCCAGCAGAGAUUCAACGUGCCCGAGUUCUGUGCUACACGUACUCUGACAUAGAGACCGCCUCCAAUGGACCAUUCAAAUAUCUCGACGAGAAAGCGGCGGACCUGCUCGAACGUCUCGCACAACUGCGACCUCCGGGUGAAACUGGGUUCGCAGAGGUGCCUAUCGUCUUCAUAGGCCUUGGGUUUGGCGCGCUUAUUGCUCAGCGGGCUGUCGUCAAACUUCGACUGGCGGAGACGGAUGACGCCAAAUCAAGUAUACAUCUCGGCUUAGUUGCUGGCGUGCUUCUGAUAGAUGCGCCUUCUCCUAGCAAUUCCUCAGAUCUCGAGCUGUACCCGCGCAGUCGUAGCCAAUUAUCAAACAGAACCUGGACAGACGACUGGUUUGGAAGCAGUGAUAACGGCGAUUUGGGCUUGAUCAAGGCCUCAGACAGCAGAAAGAUCGACGGUUCUUAUCUGUGGAACACAUUCUCAAGCACCGUCUCGGCAAAUCAGAUUUGCCUAGCAUGGCACUACCUCCCAGUGAAAGAGGGUGACAGGACAAUUGUCCCCAAACACCCGUCAGUGAUGUUGCUAGAGAGAAGAUGCAGAACAUCCCACCGGCUUAACAGGUUCGACGGUAAUGAGGAUGAGGACUUCAAGUCUCUGGUCGAGAUUAUUAAGCGAUCUAUUCUCGUCAAGCACUGCACCGCACAAUCCACAGUACUGCGAGCGCGUCUUCCAGAUCUUUCCAAAGAACGAUUUCCGGUCAAUCUCAAAGACCAAAAAGGGUUGACCCCGCUACACCUCGCGGUGGAAGCAGGCAAUUCAAGCGCUGUCAGGAAUCUUGUCUACAAAGGCAAGGCGUCGCUUACAGAAAAGGACAACAACGGGAGAUCCCCUCUGACGACGGCCAUUCGCCAAGCAGUCCAGGAAAAAGACGCCAAGAAGGCCGUCUUCACCCAGAUAAUCAAGCUACUUGUGAAGGCUAACACGGGCUUGCAAGUGGAUGACAAGGAUAUUCUCGGCAACUCCCCCUGGCACUACGCAACUGGACUUGAGAAUGCAUGGAUCAAGCGGUUGAGGAAAAACUUGAUCGUAGGGAAUUCGUUAACGAUGAAUCACGUGUUGGAGAAAGUCACCAAUCCCGAGCCUGGCUCGACACAGGCCUCGGCAUGCGAUGUCUUUGACAUGUUCCUGUUGGAGAUAUUCAUGCAAACGAAACGCCGUGGGUCAAAGUGGUCUGAAAAGUUCAAUUGGGACUUUGCAACUGUGACAGACGUAAUCUACAGCGGGGAUCUCGGGGUAACCCGUACGCUGGACAUGUCGCGGCCAGACAGCCUAGCGAGAGAGAAGGCAUUGUGUCGCUGGGUGCAUUUACCUGCCAAUAAUGACGGUUCCAUGGGUGGUCAGCGCCAUCAAGGUUCUCCUGUGAUCGAUCGUUACAUGAUGCCGCAAGCCAAGAGAUAUAAACAUUCCCAUGGACUCCCUGAAGAGACGCAGUCCACUGAAAGACCGAACGCAGUCCGACGAGGAAGCUCAUCAGAAAGUGGAAUUACGCUUACCUUGGGUCCUGGAGAUGUUGCCGCUGUUGACAAAUUGGGGUCUAGCCAAUCUAGUGUGUCCGAGUCAAAGGAGUCUGAUGCCAUCGUGAUUUUUCUACCCAUUUUCGGCUUCGAAUGUCACCGGUACCGCAAGUAUCUCAGCGACGCCAUCUCGAAUGCUUCCGGUGAAUUGAAAACCUCACAGCAAGAUAAAGUAAUUUCAGAGGCUGCAGCAUCCAAGUCUUCGCCUUCAAGGCAUGCUAAGAGAAGAAGCCAAGUCUCUUCUUCAUGUUAUUCCACGCCCAGUAGCCCGUUCAAGGAUGCUGCCAAACUGCUUCGGAAUGCCGUGCCUGUUAGCAAUCAAUCGCUUCUGUUAGACGGCUACUUACGCUCGCCCAAGCCUGUGCAUUGUCGCCGCACGCUGGAUCAGUUUUCUUAUUACAUGCUAAGCUCGACUGAGACAAGAGACAAGAGUCAGGUUGCUUAUAAAUGGGCCAAGGACACAAAGGCAUGCGACAAGGCCAAGGACAGGCAACAAAGAAAGACCACUCAUCCGCUCGGCCGAACACCUGCUCCACCUGAUUCUCAGAACAAGCCUUGA